GAGAAACUAAUGUGAAGAACCCUCGAAACAGUAACUCUAUUAACUGACAGCACAAUCUUCACAAAGCUCCAUCGACAUGCCCCGCCUGGUCAGGCACGAGUUCUCCCUCUUGGAGAAGACCGCGCUCCGCGGCAACGUGCACAGCCAAGACGAGCGGGACCGCAGUCGGCUCAAGGAGCAGCUUCCGAACAAAUUGGACUUUGUGAAAAAUUACACGAGAGCGAACGUGCUUUUGUCGGAAAAGGGUUUGCCCGAAGAUUCCUUCGUAUUUGAGAACGUUGGCGGUUUGUUCGACGAUCACGACCAUGCGAAAAAGAGGAAAAAGCGGGGCUUCAGCGACCCCAAAGGUGGCGCGGAUGGCCGGUACACACUGGUAAAGCCGCGCACCAUCGGGCGCAGUAAGCCGGGCAGUCCAGGAAAGCAAGCGGUAUUUGAGUUUUGCGUCGCGUGAGGAAUAAAGUGUUUCAUAAUAUCAUACAUCAGCUACUAUAACUAGCUGAUCGGUCGGUGAUCUAGAUCUCCACCCGCCCCGUAAUACUCUGUCUGAUGAAUCUAAUUCGCAGGAAACGGGUGCGACGAGGAAAUGGCGGAAGCUUUCGGACCACUUUAUAAAAAGCCUCGCGGAACCGGACACGAAGCCGCCAAUUGAUGAGGAGGAGGCAGAGGCAGCCAGGAGGGCAACAUCCAAGAGGAAGUACUUAAUGCUGUACUUUUGCUUGCAAUGCUGCUUGUUUCGUGCGCGCAUGACUACAAAACCAAAACGACGUAAGGGAAAAGAAUUGAAGAAUCUGCAGCUGAGACAGGCAAGGCAAAUACAAACAUCUUCAGGCUAUUCAGCUUCCGCGUGGAGGAUGACGGCAAGGCUGAGGAGAAGGAGGAAACUCUGUACCUGCACACCGUUUGGCAGAAGGUCCGGUCGCUGCAGGCCAUUGGCAUCAAGCUCGGGCGGAAGGAAUCCAGCGGGCAGUUUCUCGUGCGAAUACUCCAGGAACUCGCGGUGGACCCACUGCAGAGGGUCAGCAAAAAAGCGGGUUUCAAAUUGUUGCAGGAGCUCCGGGACUACUUGCUCGAUGCCGUCGAGAACUCGUCCGCCGUGCGAUCGUCAAAGCUGAGUCACUACGCACUGCAAAAGUUGUAUCGUACGAGUAGUAAAAAUACAACUUGCAUCACGUCACGAAAAAUUUGCUCAGCAUGAAAUAUUAUGCUAUGGAGCUUGUCAAAUGCUGAGUUAUUAUGUUGACGAGGCACGUCAAGACUUGUCUUCGCGUGAUUGCAAGAAGUACUCGUACAUGUAUGGGAUACUUUUGCAUUUGAUUGUCAGUUCUCCCCGUUGUUUUCAAAGGACGACCCGUUGGUGCAGCUGAUGCUGCGGUACGUACUCUACUUUUUCGACCACCGGGUCGGCGCCGGCCUUCCGGACAAUUGCGCCGCCGCGAUUUUGCCCGAGGGGGAGAGGCUAGACCAAGUGCAAGAGUUGACGGACGCCUACAGUUCCGUCCUGAAGUCCAUCUCCGCGCCGCCGCCGCUCCCCCUGCGGCAGCUGCCCCGGAUGGUGGGCGAUUUUUUUCUCUCCUUCUUCCUGGAGUUAUCCAAGCGGCAGGACAUGCCCUCCAGCGAGGAAGACCCACUGGCGGAGGAGGAAACCACCGCUGGGCCAUCGCCCACGUCCGUAGCCGCGACCUCGCCCGCGACGCCCAUGAUGCCCAUGAUGUCCUCCACAAAUAACCUUUCGGCGAGCGGGGACAACUUGAACAACGCAGACCCGCACAGCUUGUCGCAAGAACAGUUGUCCACGGCCUCGUUGAAAAAGUUCCGGAUACCGAAGAAUUUGGCGAAAUCCACGCAGGGCCCGGCCUUCAGACUUUCCGCAGACCAGUCGUCGAUUUUGCGGGCCAAAGGGACGGCGCGGAAGGUUAUCCUCGAUUUGGCGGAGUCCGAAGCGUACAAAGCACUGGAAGUCAUGCUCCCAGCGGAGGAAACCGAAGUGGGGCUGGAGAAGAAUUUUUUCAAGCAGAAGACACAGGACGAAAUCCGGGAGGCCAUCAGCACCGCGCGGCCGGCAGACCUCCACGCGGAGAGGAAAGAAGCUGUGGAAGAGGUACAACUCGAGUUUUUACUUAUUUUGAUCGUCGAUUAAGGAGGGUUAGGGUCGUCGUGAGCAAGUCGUCCUCGUGCUGUAUUUGUCUAUGCGGAAUAUAAAGCGGCAUGGGUACCUAGUUGUGGUCUCCCAGGAGCAAGCUCGUUGCUCAACAAAUGCGGUCUUCUAGUAUGAGGUUAUUUGCAGACGUAUUUGAUAUGGUGUGCGUGUGCUCCGCGGGGGCAGAAACAAGAUCAACAUGUUCACGUAUAAUGAAACUUCUACCAGGAUCCCGAGCACAAGGCCGCAGAAAGCUCCGCCGCCGAACAAAAGCAGCAUGCAAGGGAAGACGCAAAGUACCACGAGGCCGCCGAGAAGUGCAUGGAUCAGGUGAGGGAUGCGAUGAAGGGGACCAUCACCGACCGCAAGAUCGUGAAGGUGAUGAACCUGAAGCGUUUUGAUCUGCAGGACUUCAAAAAACUCCUCCAGCAGUCGGGCGGGAACCCGAGUGAGGAAAUCCAGGUGAGGAAAGCGCUGGAAAGACUGCUCGUGCUGUCCAACCACGGCGUUUCCACGGGCGCGUACUGGACGAAUCAGCUGACGAAGCAGACCUUCACCAUUUUGCUGGAAAAGGGCCGCGUGUGCGACGCGGCGACGGGCAGGCAGGCGUUUGAGCUGAUCCGGCAGCACGUGGCGGCGAAGCGGCGGUGUAUCUGCAGCGAUUUUCUGCAAAAGACCACCAGCUCGCAGAAGAUGCCCUGCUCCGUGCAGGAACGGGAGCGGGAGCUGGAGCGGGAAAGAAAGCGGAUCGCGGAGAUGCAGGCGAGCCAGAUCACGGACGAGCAAAAGCUGCGAGAGAUCCGCCUGAAAAAGGAGCGGGAGGAGAAGAUGAGGAAGUUGGGGGAGACCAUUGCGGUCCGCACCCACAUGAUAAGUGCCGAACAGCUGGAAAUGUUUUUGAAAAACCCCGACCCCAUGCAGUUGAAAGGGAUUAGUUUUGGCAAAAAGGAGAAGGAUGAGGAGGACGAAGACGAAAUAGGUGGAGCACAGGAUGCAGCCGCUGCUGCGAAAAGCCCCGCUACAGAAGCGGAGGGGGAACUGAAGAAGGAUAGUAAGCAGCAGUCCGCGGAGCAGAAUAAGGAGUUAUUGCAGCUCCUCCGCCCACCGGAGGUGCUACUGCUCGAAAAAAUCCAACGCGAGCAGGCGGAGCUGGAGGCGGAGCAGGGGAUCGAAAAGUCCGUCGCGACCACACGGCCAUCGAUUCCAAGAAGAAGCUCGACGCAGGCGCUGGGGAGCAACUAUCGUACGGAAAAAAGCUAGCAGGUCACAUUUGUAUACUAUGCAAAAAUUAUGAAUACAGCAGAUACGUUACACGAACAAAAGGAAUAAAGCGAAAACCUUGCUAAAUACCACGUUCACUAUAGUAGGCUCGCCCAUGGCAGAUUUUUCGGUGGAUUCAUUCUUGCAGUACAAAUCAAUGUGGCCGCAUUGUACUAGCUUUUCUUUCUGUGGGAUAGCAAGGAGGAGGACCUCGAGCCGAGUGCUAGCGGGAAUAAGCCGGCAAAAUUCCGGGAGAACGCGCCGGUCAUGACGGUUUCGUUAGAGGACGUGUUGGUCUGCCUUGGGGGGUCGAGCCCGAUUCUUGCCGGAGAUUCCGCAUCCUCGUCCUCAAGUAAUGGUGGUUCCUCAGAACAGCAGCAAAAUAACCAGCCGGGAGAGGUGAACAAUUAUCACAACAACACCUCCUCUGGAGCUCACUCCCCCGCGUCACCCUCGCACGAGAAACUGCAAACGACCGGAGCGACGACCAUGAUGACGAACAAGCAAACCUCCGUAACGCCGCCAACCGUGGAGAUCCUGACGCAACUCCGACAGAGGAUUCUGGAAAAUUUCGAGUCCACCGUAGACGCGUUUCAGAACAUGGCGUUUCUGGUCGUCGGCCCGGACAAGAAAUCCUGGAACCACCUGACGGUCACGGAACUGCACCGCGUUUUCACCCGUAUUUUGGGCGAAAUACCCCUCUCCUUUGUGCAAGACCUGGUCAGCUGCAUCGACAACCCGUUGAGCUGCGGGCGGGUAUCCCUGCGCGAGGUCUUGAUCGCGCUGUCGGUUGUCUCCCCGAGUUUGAACCUGGAAUUCCUUCGCGCGAAGUGCCUGGGGUUGCACGGGUCCCUGCAGUCCGGGUUGGAGGAACUGUUGGAGCCGGGGGCAACCGUCUCCCUGAUCCGAAAACGCGUCGCGGAGGCGCAGAAGUUCAAGUCCAGUGCCAGCGUGAGUCACAACACCAGGAGGAGCAGCAAAAGGUCGCAGUCGAAGUUGCUCAGUGGCGUGGACGAGUACGGAACGAGUGGCGUUUCUAUGAACAACCACAUGGGAGUAUCACACAGAAAAAAGCAGGCAGGUCAUAUUUGUAACGCAGAAAUAAAUGCACAAAAAAACCGACGCUGCGCAUCCUGAAAAGCAUGCUAUGGGGCGGCCCAUGGCAGAUUUUUCUGUGUAUCUAAGUAUUUAUUUUUCACCACCAGGGGCCCUGGGCACCUCACCAUUGAUGUUUCACUUGGUGGAAGAUGACAGGGUUCUUCGAGCUAUUUGGGGUUUCAUUGUUCAUUUAUUUUUGCAUAUACUUACAAGAGAUAUGCCCUGCCUGCUUUUUUCUCUGGGAUAGGGAGCUCCGAGGAGGAGUGCAACCGGGUCGAAAUCCGGGAUUCUCACGGACCGACAGAACACGUUCGGCGGCGGGCCACAGGGUGGCAGUGGUACUUCUCUGCAGUCGCAACUCUCGUCCGUUUGUGUCUUGCCCAAGUCCCCGCACGAGGCUUUGUGGCAGUCGUUGCACUUGCAGGGGCAGGACGAGGAAAUUUACGACGAAAACACCACCUCCGGUGCGUUAGAAUUCCACCGGUUGGUCAACACGUACGCGCCCGUAGAUUUUUCCGACGACAUUGUUUUCAAAAAAUACGCCAACGAAGUGAUCCUCCCCCCUUCCACCGCCGCGACCACCAUCCGCGGGGGAAUUGAGAGCCGCGGGCACGACUCCGCGGUGCCCAUGACACCGUCGGACACGGGGCGGUUUACCCCCUUGUUUCUCUCCCCUGAACCGACGGAUCAGGACACAAACACCUGCGAUCAAAGGUACGUAGAGAAUAAGAAUAGAAAAAGCAUUUGGGACGGUAAUAUUAGAGAUGGCUUUUUCAAGCUCAACAGUCAACACUAUGAGGGUUCAAAAGUUCUUAUGAGUCGUGAACGAGCACAUGCAUGUUCUUUUACUUCAUCCAAAACAGCGAGGGCUGGGCGACGUCCGACCACCCGCGGCAGGGCAAGAAAUUUUCGUCUGUGUUCAAAAUGCCGGUGCACUCCACCGACACGGCGAAAGUGUUGGGCAGCAAGCUGGAGCGGGAACAGGAGGAGCUCUGUCUGCGCGAGAACUUCCGAUACCUGCACGAAUCGUUUGUCGGCCGGUCGCUGGUCGAGGCGGAGGAGGUUUUGCGGCAGUUUUGCCUCCCGCUGGGUUUCUUCGUGGACCGGUGUCAGCAGCUCUCCUGGCUGAACAAAAUU